AACAACGCACGCGGCCACACUGCUGUCAGAAAGAAUUUUGUAAUAAGUACUUUUGAAAUUGCCCAAUAACUCUGAAGCCGAGUGCAAGGCGGCCGCCGGUCUAAUACUAUCAUCUUCCACAGCGGUCCAUCCAAAUUCCAAGCGGCAGAGUUCGCCCGUCGGCAUCAGCAGCACCACCCACCCACCACGUAACUAGAAUGGCCGGCUUUCCCGAAUACGCCCGCGGCGAGGAGACGGAGGUCAACGGCUGGAUUCGCUUCGGCAUGCGGCUGGGCGUCAGCGCCGCCCUGCACCCGUUCGAGUACUCCAAGACGCUCAUCCAGCUGGGCUACGAGCCGAUCGCCCCGCUGCCCGGAAAGUCACUGCUGGGCAAACCGAUCAUGAAGCUGCCGAACAUCUUCCAGUAUGCUGGCCACAUUCGGCGGAUCGACGGCUUCUACGGCUGCUACCGCGGACUGGCCCCCAAGCUGGUGGGCUCCCUGGUCGCCAUGGUGGUGAGUGAACGGGUGGCCGACAAACUGGGCCUGGAGCAGCCGGAGGAGAUCAAGGACGACUCGCAGCUGAGCGAGGAGGAGAUGUACGUCCAAUUCAAGGAGAGUCUGAAGCGGGACAUCGUGCUGACGGUGAGCGGAAUCGUGGCCUCGCACCCCUUUCACGUGAUCUCGCUGCGCAUGAUGGCGCAGUUCGUGGGCCGCGAGACACUGUACACCUCCAUCGUGGGUUCCGUCGCCGAGAUCUGGAAGACUGAAGGCAUUGCCGGCUUCUUUGCCGGUCUGGUGCCAAAGCUGCUGUGCGAUGUGGCCUGCCUUGUGCUGACCAGCUCCACCGUUUACAUCCUCAACAAAUACGUCAUCAAGGACAAGCUGGGUAGGCAGUACAACGCCGGCUUCACGCAGUUCGCCGUGUCAAGCCUGCUGUAUCCGCUGCAGGUGGUCUCCACUUGCUCGGUGGUGAGUGGAUCUCGCUUGAUGGCAGGCCAGCCGCCGAUUAUGCCGGCCUACAAGAACUGGGUGGACUGCUGGAAUGAUUUGCAAAUCCGAGGCGAGCUAAAGCGCGGCAGCUCCCUUUUUUGGCGGUCUCAAGCCAUUAGCUCUCCAAUUAUAGCCACCUCCUUUGUGCCCCUGCCCAAGCUGGCGCGUUACCAGUAGGUGCCGAGAUUGCGACUAGACGACCACGAACAGGCGAGGCCCAGGAGUCCCCACUCCACAUGCCUAGCUGUGUUUGCCCUGCAUUUCAAAGGAGCCGCUACGACGACAACGAGCUUCAACCCAAGACAACUGCAUUUGUUUUCUGUCUCCAAAAGCCCAGCCACAAUUCCGUUAAUACAAGUUUACAUCUCCGUGUUGAAGUGGCUCCAUUCCCAGGUGGUCGUGGUCGCUUAGUCUUGCGCACUGCGUCCUUCGCUCUAUUUCAAUUUCUAUCUGCGUGUCCCACUAGCACUGAAUUCUUCUCCAAAAAACAAAUUGAACGAAGCCCUUCUACGCAGUCUUGUUACUGUUUACUGCAAAAUUUGAAAAAUAAAUCGUUUCGCCCUA